GAAACCGGUUGGAACUGGUUGGGCUGGCGCUUUUGUAAGAUAAUCAAUAGGAGCUCCUGCAUAAUGCUGUAUCGGUAGACGGAUUGUUGAAGCUUCGUAUCAUACAGAGGGAAGGCUGCGUUUCUCGCUUGAAAAUUGAGAAACUCCUAACCUUAUCAUGACCAACCAAGAAUAUAACCAGACGAACGAAAGGAAGGUGAGCAUAUCAACAGAGGUGAAGACAACAACAAUUCCAGAAAGAAAAGCAAAGAAGUCGCCAGAAGACAAACGCAAGGGCGGUGACGGCAAGCAAUAUGCCAGGCGACCAAGCUUCUUUGAGGGGCCACGGGACGGCACAGUCUCAAAAGGAAGUGCCGACGGGGAAGCACCCCAGAGUAUUGAAGAUUGCUACUCCUGGAUUGUGAUGGUUGCAGCACUGUUGUCCCAUCUCCUGAUGUUUGGAAUCUGCUGGACCGUCGGCGUGUACUACGUCAUCUUUCUUGAGGUGUUCCAGCAAGGGAAAGGACCUACGUCAUGGAUUGGCUCCAUCAACUCGGCGUGCCUCUGCUUCAUAGGUCCCCUCGCAGGCGUGCUGAUGAAGAAGUUCGAUAAUCGUGUGCUAAUGAUAAUAGGCUGUCUCUUAUCUGUCGCUGGUCUCAUCGCAAGUGCCAUGGCUACUAACAUAUAUCAACUUUAUGCCACAUUUGGAGUUGUUGCAGGAUGUGGAAUCGGCCUUUCAUUUUUGCCCUGUAUGUCCGUUUUGGGCGGGUAUUUCGACAGGCAUCGUACCAUGGCAUUAGGUUUGGCAGCCACUGGAACAGGAUUUGGCACAGUGGUUUACCCACCACUUAUUCGCUAUUUGGAUGAGGAAUAUGGCUGGAGAGGUUCUUUGUUGAUCAUGGCCGGGAUCACGCUAAACCUGUUGGUAACCUCACUGAUUAUGAAACCAAAACCACAGAAGACUAUAGAUGAUGCUGACAAAGAAAAGAAGUCCCUCUACGAAACACUGGGCUGUUCCUUUUUCAAAAACUACCGUUUUGUGUUGAUAUGCUUUAGUUCUCUGAUGCAGGCAUUUGGAUUUGGCAUCGUUUACAUGCAUCUGGCUGUCUACGCCAAGUAUGAAGGGGUGAGCGACGACAACUCGGCCAUCCUAUAUUCCUGCAUCGGACUAGCAAACUUCGUAGGAAGACUAUUCUGGGGGUUCUCCGCCCUGAAUCCCAGAGUGAAUGUCCUUGUUAUAUACAUACUAUCAGUCAUGCUUGUUGGCAUACCGAUUGAAGCUGUCCCGCUGGUACACACCUACAGUGGUCUGAUUGUCAUAUCAGUGUUGUUCGGCUUCUUUUCUGCCUCAGUUGGACCGCUGACUCCAGAUAUCCUCAUCCAGUUUCUCGGGGUGGAAAGGUUUGCUCAUGGACUCGGCUACCUCAUCUCAUUUGAGGGUAUAGGACAACUUGUCGGGGCACCAGUAGCAGGUUGGCUCUGCGAUGCGACGGGGACGUAUUCCUAUUCCUUCUACCUUGGUGGCACUGCUAUCAUCUUGAGCAAGGUCAUCCUACUUCCAGCCCUGAAGAGAUUGCCACUGACGUACGAGACCGAUGAAGAAAGUGGAUGGAUGAACAGCAACCUUCUUUAUACUAACAAUGAUGAAAGGACGAAGUCAUCUGGAAACAGUGUCACACAAAAUUCUUUGCUUACGGUGAGAAGAGCACUCUUUGAUUCCAAGGCCAACCUCCAUCGAGUCCAUGCAUUUGGGAGCCAGUACGACUUUGGAACUCAGCCCAAUAUGCUGUUUGGCAGCAAUAUCAUAACCGGUGAUGUGAUGGAAACUUGAACAUCAUUACUUUGGCUUUGCGUGAAACGCACAUUGGAUCAGGGGGCGCAACCAGGAAGUGCUCAAAGAGACAGGAAACCUUAUGAGGUCAAACCCUUAAACACUAGGCCAUGAUGUCUCCUUCCAUAAACUGUUCCUGAGGAAGUAUUGCUUUGCCCCUUGAUAAGCUACGUGGUGCUGGUCGCUGCAUACUCAAUGCUGUGAUCAAAGGAAGGCUUCUGUGAUUUUUCUGAUAAGACUUUUAUUAUUUCAUUAAGGGUAUAGUUAGAGGCACUUGCGAGUGUUCUCCACAACACGCUCUCAUCAGAUAUGCACGUAUUUGUGCUAACAUCACUUUAUUCAUAUAUUUUACCAAAGAGAAAAGUUGAAGUGAAUGAUCUCUUUAUUGGGUAAUAACAGCAAACAUGGUACAGUAAACAUGUAGCGACAUGUUAGCCUCGUGCUCAUGCAGUCCAAACGUCAAUACCAAAAAAAUUGCAUUUUCUGCUCAUUCUGCGAGUGCUGGUGUGGAUAUGAUUGUGGCAUUUUAUUGCCAAAGUCACUUUAGUUCGUUUCGUCAUUAUGGUAUUCUGUAUAUAUGGUUGACAUCACAGUGAAACUACCAGAUCUAAGAUUUCUUGACGAUGUUUUGGGAUACAUAGGUUCAUGGAAAAUAUAUUUUUUGUUAGAUCUGAUAUUUGUACCAGAUUUGUAAUUAUCAAUAUCCUUUUCUGUUGUUCGUGAGAUCUGAUUGAACCCUUUAAAUGGUUGUGAGAUCUGAUUGAACCAUUUCAAUGGUUCAAGUAUAUGAUCUGAGGAGUCAAACCGUUUUGAUUCCUCUCAGAUAUAUCUGCCAUGGUCUGCUUAAUGAGUUUUUAUAUUGUUUUAACGAGAUGAUGAUCUGUUGAGUGAGACUGUAAAUAAUAUGUAAAUAAUAUGUAUAUAGAUGUGUAAAUAUGAUGUAUGAGUUCAGGUAAUUAUGUUGAAUGUGUGUUAUCAGCAGAUCCCGUGAAUCUUCAACGAGGUUAAGAGUGCUUUCAUCCCUUCUAUUUCACUAGCCACAAAGCUUCUGGCAGAUCUGUUCUGGCCUGUAAGUCAAUCUAUUAAUUACAUGUAUGACUAGCCAAUACGGUAAAGAAUUAAACUGUCCGUAUGGUUAGUUUCUGAUCUCAGCCUUCAGCAGCAUGGUGGUUUAAAAGUGGCAGUCUGCAGUUGGAUUAAUACAUUUACAUAAAAUAUCUUGGCUCCCAUGCUGUUGUUACUUCUAGAUCUUUUGGUGCUUUACCAUCUAUCUCAUAGCUUCUGUAUUUACUUUGUGCAUAACUCAUCGAGUUUAAUGCUGCAACUGCAAUACAAUGUUCGAAAUAAUCAUAUACAUUUUAGGCUAUGUACAAUAUACUUUAAUGAGGGUGAAGAAAGAUAAUUUUGCAAUUAGAAACUAGGGCUUGGUACCACAAGUGUGAGAUCUGGAUGGCAAUGCCACGCCAGAUAUUUGAUGGAUGAAAUAUGGGUAAAACAACUUGUUUAUUAUGAUGCUGACAGACAGCCAUAUUUAUUGAGGGCUACAUCUAAAAUGUGGACCCGCUAUUUCCAAGACGGAACGGCACCUGAAGACUUUAUACAGUAUGUCACAACAAGUGUCAAAAAAUCCUGGGCAACCAAUAACUAGUCGAUGAGGUUCUAUGACAUGCCAAACACGAUUAAUGUGAUUUUAUCUGAGAGAAUGGCUAAAAUAUCAUAACUAGAUAAUUGCUUAGAAACAGGGUCAUGCCUUUAUCAAUGCAUGUUUUCUUAAAUCGCAUUGGUCUCAUUCGUGGUACAUGUAUCUCAGGUUUCGGCGAAUUUCGCUUAUUUAGCUUACCGAGACUAGCACCUUGGACCAGAUUGUUUAGGGUGUAUGGAGCUGCAUCUAAAAAGGGGUGUGGUCAUACUUAGUACCCAGAGGUCAUUUUUCACUGACCAAGACAUGAACGAGAUCAACAUUCCAGCACUAUAUUUUUUUGCUAUUUUGCUGGUUUGGAGACUGUCCGUUUAUUGAAAACCAUUUUAGUAUGAGUCAAAGUGUACAUAUUUUUUAUUUGGAAUAAUGUUUUGCCAUUGUAAUUCUAUCAGUGUGAGAAAGGAAUGAUGUAAAUUUGAUUUAAAGUAAGACCUGGUCCAACUGCCAGGUCAGCUGGUUCCAUGUUACUGUUUACUCUGUUACUCGUUACUGUGUGUGUGUUGUUCGUGAGAGUUCGUCGCCAUACAUUAGGUGCCACAUGGCUUUAUAUAUUUUUAUUCAGGAUAUGUAUGUAUCGUCGAAAUCAAACGUGUUUGCAUGGGGACCAGAAUUCAGGGUCAUGCAUUUUGGUAUAUGCCGGUGUAGAAGUAGAAAUUGUCCCCCUGAAAUGAGAGUAUCAGACCAUUGUUUUUCUGACAGAUCAUUGUGUUUGGUUCUGUAGAGGCCAUUGCCGUCGUCAAGAGAACAAAAUAGAAUCCUUUGUUUCAGAGACAUUUUACUCCAGGUUAUUUCAAACUUCUACACCGUUAUGCACUGCAGUGUAUAAACAAGUCAAUGAAUUUUGCUUUGAAUUGAUUUAUAAUGUUCUUCCAACGCCUAUGUGCUGGGUUUUCCACCAAAUACAUUUUGAGGUGUGUAUUUACCCUUUCCCAGGAUAGAUUUGAAGGAUUUUGCUACGAAGAGGUAACAUUUCGAAAGUGUGCUCAAACAAUUCGUUGACGACGGCGCAUCUCUUACAUAUACCUCUCAAAGCACGUGAACUUAAUUUGGACCGACCCGGCCUUAUCUCGAGACAUUCCUCCAUAACUCCCGGGAGAAUAAAACCACAGCACGGUUCCGAGCAUCUCGUGUUCUUGAGUUUACAAGUCCCCGAUAUACCAUGUCUUGGCGAAAACUCGCUCUUGUUUUAAAUACUCACAUUCAUUCUUUCUUGGUUUUCGGGUAUGUGGACCUGGGGUUCUUUUUUGGACCACUGUGGCCAAAGUUUCACCAUCCAGUAUAGGCUGAAUUAAGUUAAGCCAAUUCGUUGUAUAUUUUCCAGUCCCGGCCUAUAAUUACAGAGCUAAAAUGGUGUUUGAACUCAGUCCACAACAGGCCCAGUAUUUAGAUCCGAAUGCAAACAUCAGCUAAGUAAAUCGUACGCAGGUUUUUUGGAAGAGAGCCCUUUUUGCGGAGAGUCGAUGGAGGGACUCGUAACUCAGGAUCUCGAGAUGCUUAUGGUCGUACCGUUGAUGUUAGGGAUCGUGUCAUUCUUCAAUCAAAAACAUUGUAAAAUUUGAGCAAAAGCCUGCCCCCAUCCGAAACUUAGAAUUUUCACUUGCUAAUUUGUUCUAUGGUUUUUUUUGACGGAGAGACACAGAUUAGGUGAUAAUAUUUGAAAAGUUUGCCACUUUCGUAAAAAGUGCAGUGAGAUAUCUUGAAAUAUCCGCCCCUCAUAACUUGAGAAGUUUUACAAUGCUUUUGAAUAUUUACAAUGUUUUCAAUUGUACCCGCUCCCGUUCCAUCGAGGCAUUUAUUCGCUAUACCUUAAGCACUAUGCAUCUUAUAGGUGCACAACAAAAGUAUUUGAACGUCGUUGUAAAUUUCAAUGACGAUGUGUUUUUUAACUGUAUUCGAUUCAGCUGUAAUAUAUUAAGCUUUUGACCCCGACUCUGUUCGCAAAUGCACAUGUGAUGUGCAUAUAUACCGGUAUCGUAAGUAAUCAUAUUGGUUUUGAUAAGCGAUUAGGAUCUCAGCCCUUUUCCUAAAAGAGACUCUUGUAUCUUGUACAGCUAGUCGUUUUAGACCACUUUAUGUGCAUAGUAUUGUAUCUGUAAAUAAAAGAAAUUAUCUUGAUAUUGUUUA